AGAGCAGCGAGGGCGUGAGAAGGUGCGGCGAUAGAGGUUAAGGUUGAAAGCGGCCUCGCCUCCGUUUCCUCUGCCCUUUCUGUCCUCUUCCGAUGGAUUCCUCGCGCUUGCUCAAGAAGCCGAAGCUGGAAGAAGAGGCGAUCGAGCUCAAUGGAGAGACUCUUGCAGCGAAGCGAGAUGAUGUUAAUGGUAAUAGUGGCGACGAGUCGAGAGGAGUCGGCGGCAACGAUGGUGAUUCGUUGAAGGAGCAGGAGGAAGCUUUAGUUGCCCUGAUCGAGCACCGUACCAAAGAAUGCCAAAUUAUUAAGAAGAAGAUCGACCAUUACCAGUCCCAGCUCGUGGAGGCAGAGAAGCGAUUGGGCGACUCCCAGGCCAAGUUGUCACGUAUUCGCCUUAGGGUUAAAGCUCCUUCCCCUGCCUCGGCCAUCUCAGUUAAAGAGGAAGAUAGACUGAUACAGUCGAGCCCGAGAAACAACAUCCUGGAUGGUAUUCGGAACCGUCCCGUGCCUGCGCAGCAGCCGCUGCGGCCUCAGCUUAUAAUCCCUCCUCAUAACCCCAAACCUACAGCUUCCAUAGCUGCAGAUUCCAGAGGCGGACGGAGUGGGAAGACGGAAUUGAAGACACCCGCUGCUGCUGGUAGCCGGACGAAUCCCUCGUCUUCUGCUCAGUCAAACGGUGGCUCACCUGUGAGAUCUCAAGAAAAGACCACGAAGAGGAAAUUUGAGCAGAAAGAUCACAAGGAUUUGAUCCCAAUCAUACGAUCUUCUUCUUCUCCUUGCACAAUUAGAUUCCAAGCUGGCACCAUCAUUUCCAGUCAUCAUAAGAGGAAACUGAGAUGCCUUGAGGUGUGCCCUGUGAAUGAUCACCUCUUUAUCACCAGUGCAUUGGAUGGAAUUGUAAAUUUAUGGCAGUUGCAAGGAAAAGGAUCCAGUGCCUCAUUGCUAAGCACUGUGGAUUGUUUAUCACCAAAGCAACGGAGAUGGCCUGAAGAUAUGGCAUGGCAUCCCAAUGGAGAUAGUAUCUUUGCUGCCUACACUGCUGAUGGUGCUGACUCACAGAUCUCAAUUUUAAACUUGAAUGCAUCACGAGAAAGAAAAGUUACCUUCUUGGAUCAAAAACCUCAUCGCAAAGGCAUCAUAAAUAGCAUAACAUUUAUGCCAUGGGCUGAUACGUGUUUCAUAACUGGUGGGAGUGACCAUGCUGUGAUACUUUGGCAAGAAGUAGAUAGUUCAUGGAAACACAAGACAGUGCAUGCACACAUGCAUUCUUCUGCUGUCACAGGAGUUGCUGGAUUAUACCAGAAGAAGACUAUACUAUCUGUUGGUGCUGACAAAAGGAUCAUUGCUUUCGAUCUGUCAACAGGAAGGUCUGAGUUCAGAAAUCAAAUAGAAAGCAAAUGUAUGAGUGUGCUUCCAAACCCAUCAGACUUAAAUUUGUACAUGGUGCAGUCAGGGGAACCUGGGAAACAACUUACUUUGUUUGAUAUGCGAUUGAGGCAGACAGAACUUCAUACAUUUGGGUGGAAGCAGGAAACCAGUGAAUCCCAAUCUGCUCUGAUCAACCAGGCAUGGUCUCCUGAUGGUCUCUAUCUAUCCUCUGGUUCCGCAGAUCCUGUAAUACACAUCUUCGAUAUCAGAUACAAUGCAAGCAGACCUUCCCAGUCAGUCAAAGCACAUCAAAAGCGAGUUUUCAAAGCCGUGUGGCACCAAUCUCUUCCCCUUCUCACAUCCAUAUCAUCUGAUCUCAAUAUCGGAUUGCACAGGACAUAUUAAGCAUUUUCAAAUGACCUAUAUCGCAAUUGGAAUCAAAGGAGCUCUGGUCUCGACCUGGCCGGUGACAAGAGCAAAGCACUUGAGGAAACUUCAAACUUCUCAGCAUUGUAACCUAAGAGAGCGGCAAAAAAGUAAUUUACGAGGAGUAAGAGCUGUGGCGAGAUGGUCACUUUUUUGUUAGCCAUUAUCGACUUUUGUAAAUUUUAUUUACCUCCUCGAUGGAGAUGAGGAGGAUAAGCUGUGGACUGCUAAAAUGCGGCUAGCUUAGGAAUUGCCGCUAAUCGAGCAGCUAACAAUUUUUUAGCACAAAAUGGUUGGUCAAGCACCGCACAAAGGUUAAUUUGAGCUCUCUAUCAUUUUUGUGAAUUUUGUAUCAAUCGCAAAGGAAUUGAGAUUGUUUGUUGUAUGGAGAGCAAAAUCACUAGAGCUAUGGGUUGUUAGGUAAUCUAGAAACAUGUUCAUUGAAUUAUAAUCUCCUUAUAUAUAUAUAUUUAUUUUUUUAUUUUCAA